AUGGCGGCGCCCAAUGGCUGCGUGAGCGAGUUGGAGAGUAGCAGUAGCAGCAGCAGCGAUACGGAGGAGCUAGAGCGGUGCCGCGAAGCAGCAAUGCCGGCCUGGGACUUAAAGCAGUGCUCAAAGGUCCUGAAGAAACCGAAAGCCGAUGCUGCAAAUAAUCAGUUGCCAACCACCCAGCCAAGUCUCAGGCAUAAGGUGGAUGAGCAUGAGCAAGAUGGCAAUGAGCUUCAGACCACUCCUGAAUUCCGAGCCCACGUUGCCAAGAAGCUGGGAGCCCUACUGGACAGUUCCAUUACCAUCUCAGAAGUAGUAAAGGAGCCAACAAAGGUUGGGGUGCAGAACGUUGACCCCGAGGAUGACGGCUUCCGCCUUUUCUUCACAUCCAUCCCUGGACGCCCUGAGCAGGAGUCUACCCCCCCACCCCGCCGAAAGCGAUUGCCUUCCGGCUCCAGCAGCGAGAGCAGCGAUGAAGAACGGCAGCGGUGCCUGGAGGCCGCCGUGUCGGCCUCCGAUAUUCUCCAGGAGUCUGCCAUCCACAACCCUGUUGAGGUAGAGAAAGAGGCAAAGAAGAAGAAGCAAAAGUUGAAAAAGAAAGCCAAAAAGGAAGCCAGCGCUGACCUGGCCACUGCCCCCAUACACAAGGCCACCGUUGGGAGGCUGGAAAAGGAGUCAGCCCAGCUCAGUGGUGACCAGGUAUCACUUGGGACCAAAAAGAAGAAAAGGAAGAAAAAGUCAAAGAAAGCCAGUGAGCCUUCCCCAUUCCCGCCAGCAAAGAGUGUGGUCAGCGUGCCUGCGAACUGACCCCGCCUCUGGGCUUGGGGCCCAGUAGCUCUGAGCACAAGGCACCCCUCGAAUGGCCAUUUCCAAGCCCUGCCUCCCCCCAAGAUAAGGGACUUGGUGGCAGGUCCAGACUCAGUCACGAUGGGACUUGUCCCAGGCUCCGGUCGUGGGGUGAAUGUCCUGGGUAAUACAGUGCCCUGCUGUGUUCUGCUGCCGGCUGGGGCAGACUUGUGACACCAGAACAUUCCAUGGCCUCCAGAAGCGCCUCCCAGCCUUUCAAGAGUGAUGGCCACACAGUACAGCUCCCUCCAUCUCCCCCCAGUGCUGUCUGAGGCGGGCGAGUGAAGGGAAGCCUUCUCUUCCCCUCCCCUCCUCAGCCUGGUGUGGGAGGUGACCUUUAAAACACGAGGGAAGGGGCUCCCACGAUGCCAGGGCCCACAGCAUUCUGUACUUAGCCCUUCGGGCCAUACAGACUUGAUACAACAUUGUCUGAAAAACAGGGAGAGAGAGUGCUUUUCCCCCUCUCAGAAUUCCCAGAAUUUUCUUACUGCAUAUCUGUGAAUAUACCAGGCACAGUCGUGCCUGAGUCAACCAGGUUACUGGAAAUAAGUCAUCCGGGGACCCAAAACAUGACAGAGUGGUGUGGGUGCUGUGUCCCUUCGAGAGCUGACUCUUGGCCUGUCGGGUGGGUGUCCCACAUGUAGGACCCUGCUGUCGGUACCCCAGCUGUUUUCCUUGAGUACUUUCAAGACUGUGGGGAGAGUCCCUGCACGGCAUGAAUGGGUUUCCUGCAGGUCGUCUGCAGAAGGGCCAGAGCGCAAGGUGAGAUGCGGGCCUCGUCGCCCCUCCUCAGCUCCAGUGGGGGAAGGGACAGGUAUGAGGUGAGCCGAGCCGGCUGCUCAGGCCUCAGCCCCUCUGCUCCCCCCUGCCCAUCCACACCAGGGGCCAAGGGAACAAGCAAGAAGUUUUGGUCCGUUCAUCGUUUACUUUUCUAAAAGUUAAAUAAAUGUACAGGCUCACCCACGACGGUGCUG